UAUCGGCAGGUAAACGCUUCAGUCUUUGCGGGCGUUGGAAGUCGCAAUGACUUUUAGCAUAUUGUCACUUAUUUUUUCACUCUUCAUCCAGAUGAGUCACACGACGAGUUUUCCGGCGGGAAUUAGAUAUACGCGACUAGGAAUUUCGGAUUCUGAUGUAUACAUGACGAUUGAUGGGACACAUGUGAGGUUACUGAAACCUUUGACGGUUAAGGAUGAUAUAACGGUUGAGUGGAUUUUGGAAACCGAAGCGCUUGAUUAUAUGGAUCUAGGCGCUUUCGACGUAAUUAGAACACAAAAGAAUAUAUCGUUAUGUAACCCUAAUUUGCAAGAUCCAGACAAUCGGCAGGUGUUUGAGACCUUCACCAAAAUCCUAUUACUUGACAUCACCAGAGGGUGCCCCAUCCACGAGCAGUAUAUACUUCCAUACAAAGGCGAAAUUCUCAUGAAUUUCACCUAUUUCAACGAGUUCCCUCAACCGUCGUGCGACGAAACUGAUUGGCUGCUGAUCUACCUUCAUUCGCCAUCGCUGGACGAACCAAUUUUGACAGUUCUCUUCAGCAUUCAUAAUCAUGCUCAACCAAUUUAUUGCGACGAUUUUUGAGCAUGUCAC